AUGCCCAAGCGACCUGGUUCUCCCAUUAAAUCCAAUGUACCGACUAAAGUAACCCGCUUCUCUCAAUCCAAAUCCUCUGUCAAGGAGCAGUGCGUGCAGGGGAGUACGGCGAGCAGGUCAACGAGCGCCGAGUCUCAGCCCGUGACGGCGAUUGAUAAAGGCAAGGGUAAGGAUGUAGAAGGCUCUAUCACUUCAGCCGAGGAAGUCACGAAUGAAAUGUCUACGAUGGAGCUUUCUGAAGGGGACAAGAUUGAAAAGUUGCCAUUGAAUCCAAGAGGAACGGGCAGAAUUGGAACGAUGAAAAGUACGGAAGAAAGUCCAAGUUCUGAUGUAAUGCGG